AGUGAUUCUAACAGUAGCCAAAUUAAACAACAAAGAGGGACAGAUUAUUCAUUUAAAUUAUACUAGAUAGGCUGCAAAGUGAUAUAAAAAUAAGUUAACAGCUGACCUUGGGGCCUGGUGCGUCAUGUCAAGCCCAAAUAUCAAUUAUCGCUCCUUGGCCGAGGAGACUGCGAAUCCAUUUCUCGAGGCGCAACAAAUACGCAAUGUUGAUGAUGAUGAGCCAACAACAACAACAACAGCAGCAACGACAAUAACAAAAACAAAAACAGACGACGCAAAAUCAUUUACAGCUGCUGCGCAUUUCGACGACCAUGAACAUGAUAAUGAGCAUGAACAUGAACACGAACAUGAUAAUGAAGAUACUCCCAGGAACAGUGGCAUCAUGAUACACAUUGUUCCAGAGACUGGAAAGGAGUCGCAUCGCUGGAAUCACAUCGAGGAUCUGGAUUCGUUCUUUUCCCGCAUGUACAAUUAUCAGCAGAAACACGGAUUUCGUGUCAUUGUAUUGGAUGAACUCUUCCAGGUGCUUGAAUUUGGAUUUGUCAUCUGGCUGUUCACAUUUACGACGCACUGCAUCGAUUAUAAUGAGUUGUUCGGCAACAAUCCGAAUCGCACAAAGACCACAUUGAAUGAUGUGAUUAUUCCCACCGGGGAUUGCAUUACCCAAUUUGGGUUCUUCACCUUUCUGAUAAUCUUCAUAGCUGCCAUUUAUCUGGGCAUACGAGUGCUCAAGAUGAUCUAUCAUAUCACACAGUAUGCGGACAUUAAGCGGUUCUAUAAUACAGCGUUACUUAUAGAGGAUCACGAGCUGGAUAAUAUAACGUGGCAUGAGGUGCAGCAGAGGACACGACGUGUCCAGGCGGAACAGCAUAUGUGCAUUGAUAAGGAGCUGCUCACGGAACUCGAUAUUUAUCAUCGUGUGCUGCGUUUUAAGAAUUAUCUGGUUGCCCUGAUGAAUAAGCAACUGUUGCCGGUGCGCUUUCACAUCCCACUUGUGGGUGAAGUUGUCUCCCUCAGUCGUGGCAUGCUGCUCAACAUUGAUUUCAUACUCUUCCGCGGACCAGGAUCGCCGUUCCAGAAUAACUGGCAGUUGAGGGAUGAAUUUGCCGUGCGCAGCAAUCAAACGGAGUUGGCACAACGUUUAUCCCAAUUGAUACUCUGGGUGGCAUUGGCUAAUCUUCUACUGGCACCUGUCAUCUUCCUCUGGCAGCUCAUCUACUUUAGUUUCUCCUAUGCGAAUAUUUUACGCAAGGAGCCAAGUGCCUUGGGAUUACGCACCUGGUCCAAUUAUGGACGUCUCUAUUUGCGGCAUUUUAAUGAGCUGGAUCAUGAGCUGGAUGCCAGAUUGAAUCGUGCCUAUGAGUAUGCGGAUCGCUACUUGAGUUCCUUCUCCUCACCAUUGGCGGCUGUGAUUGCUCGCAAUUUGCUCUUUAUCAGUGGAGGCGUGCUUUUAUUAAUCCUCGCUCUGGGCAUCUAUGAUGAGCAUGUGUUUCAGGUGGAGCACGUGCUGACCAUCAUUGCCAUAUUGACGGUCAUUGGCGUCGUCUGUCGCACUCUCAUACCCGAUGAGAAUCUCAUCUGGUGCCCCGAACAACUGAUGACCGCCAUCUUGGCCCAUGUCCAUUAUCUGCCCACGGAGUGGAAGCAACAGGCUCAUACCGCCCAUGUCCGUAAUGAGUUUAGCAACUUCUUUCAGUUCAAAUUUGGCUAUUUGCUCAGCGAAAUCUUCAGUCCAUUUGUCACUCCCUUUGUGCUCAUCUUCGUCUUCCGACCCAAGGCCAUGGAGAUUGUCAAGUUCUUUCGCAGCUUUACAGUGUCUGUUCGCGGAGUGGGCAACGUUUGUUCCUUUGCCCAGAUGGAUGUGCGCAAACAUGGCAAUCCCGAUUGGCAGCUGAACAACAGCGGCCUGGCGGAUGUGGGUGGAAUGGCAACCGAUCAGCAGCCAACACAACAACAGCAACAACAACAUCAACAUCAUUAUCAACAGCUGCAGCAACAACAACAGAGCAUGGCUGGUGGCAAGACAGAAAUGUCGCUGGUUCGAUUCACACUCAACAAUCCCGAGUGGCAAAUGCCGAAGGAGGCAUCCGAGUUUAUCAAAGGCAUUCGGGAGCAUGCAAUAGAUGAGUUGGUCAAGGCGAAGACUUCUACACAAGCGACGGCACGUGAGAAUCCGUUGACACACAGCCUGAUCUCAUUUGGCACCAUUGGCGAGGAAUAUUGUUCCAUUGCCAAUUCGGUGUUGGCUGCGGAUUUAACUGCCGAACAGCUGCAGCUAUCGCAAUCCAUGUCCCGUACUCCUUAUGUUGCUGGCAGCGACUUUCGACACAUGUUGCAGCAGAAUCUGGGCGAGCACAUGUCCAGCAGUGUCCAGCAGAAUCCGAAUGCGAAUCCCAUGGAUAGCAUGCGUCGUUUGCGUCUGAGCAAGGCGGAGGGACGCAUUGAGGGACCAACGGAUACGUUGCUUUAUAGUCUAUACGGUGUGGAGCCGCGUCUGGCCAAGAAUCCCAUUGGCGUUACCGUGGCCGAUAUGUGCCUUAGUGCUCUCUAUCUGCAUGAGCUGAGCCAGCAGAAACGCUUGGCGCGACAAACGCGCAUCGAUGAAGCCGACGAGCAGCCGGGACCAAGCAAUAGGAGACCUCCUCGAGGAGGAGGAGGAGGAGAUGGAGCAACUGCAUCGGGAUCGGGUUCCGGUUCCCGCAGUAACGUGAUUACCUCAAAGGCUGCCGAGAGCACUCCACUUUUGGGCAACAUACGCUCAUAGCAGCGGCCCGUUUGGAUCUAAUAAUCAUAGCGUUUAAGAACUACAAACAAAACAAAUGAGAUAACUGAAACAAAACAAAGCUGCUAAACGUUAAAGAAUUGCAUUAACAAAGAAAGCGAAAGAGAACCCUGCUAUUAGUUCUUAAGUUGUAAAGUGUUUUGUGAAUCAAUUGAUGAUGUCUAGUACAUAGCUUAACUAUAAACUAAUACUUUAAAUGAUACUAAUACUAAUACUAUUUAAUUAAUGCAUCUACUAAACGAAAAAGCAAUAAAUCAACUGCGUCAACGA